GAAACAGAAAAAGGCUGUAAGAAAGCAACCAACAACAACAAAAGUUGCAGUUAGAGUGGGGAGGGGAGAAAGGCACAUCAUUUCAGCUAUAAACCCCCCAUCAGAUGUGAAUGCAGGACUUGGGGGCAUAUAUCCCACUGGAUGUCAUUACACUGCACCUCCCAUGAUUCCUCACCAUUUGGCUCUACUGGCAAGAGCUGAUGGAAGUUGCAGUCCAACAACAUCUGGAGCACCCUUGCCCACUUGAUCAUCGGCACCUAUUGAUUUCUGUGCUGCUUUUUCAUGGUGAAACCAUGCUCAAAGUGGCCAACAGCAGCUUUGUGGGAGAAUACAGGGACAUUUCCAGCGUGCGAUUGCCCGACCUUGUUUCUCCCCCUGCGUCAAAAGACUAUGGAGAAUUCAGAUACCAGGAGUGAGGUGGUUCUUCUGGCAUGUGGGUCUUUCAAUCCAAUCACCAACAUGCAUCUCCGACUCUUUGAACUGGCGAGGGAUCACUUGCACGAAACAGGGAAGUACAAAGUGGUGAAAGGGAUCAUUUCACCUGUGGGGGAUGCCUAUAAGAAGAAAAGCCUGAUCAGCGCUAGGCACCGGGUGGCCAUGGCAAAGCUUGCAACAGAGAGCUGCGACUGGGUGGAUGUGGACGAUUGGGAGAGCAGCCAGCAGGAAUGGCAGGAGACCGUCAAAGUCCUCAGGCAUCACCAGCAAAAGCUGAAGGAUUUGUAUUGCGCUUCGGCCGUUGACAAUGCCACUCCUCAGAAUAAAGUGGGCCGGAAGAGGAAGCGGGAGGCAGGAGGCCAACCCUCUCUCAAGAGAAACCAGUCACAAACAAAAGCUGUCCCUCAGCUGAAGAUGCUGUGCGGGUCGGAUGUCCUGGACUCUUUCAUACUCCCCAAUCUCUGGAAACCAGAAGACAUCACAGAAAUCCUAACCAACUAUGGCAUGGUAUGCAUCACCCGACUUGGGAACUUUUCCCAGAAAUCCAUAUAUGAUUCUGACAUGCUUUGGAGACACAAGGAUAAUAUUCUUCUAGUAGAUGAAUGGAUCACCAAUGAUAUCUCAGCCACCAAGAUCCGGAGAGCCCUGAGGAGGAACCAAAGUGUCCGAUACCUGAUUCCUGACGCUGUUGUAGACUAUAUCAGGCAACACAACGUAUACACUGGGGAGAGUGAAGAAAAGAAUAAGGGAGCGAGCCUAGCUCCUUAUCAAAGAUACACAAGGGAGGCCACCAAAAAUUGAGUGGUCCCUCCCUUCAGGUGGGGCUUGGGGAGGAUGGGGGGUACUUUUUGAGAGCCUAAAUGGAUGGCCUCUUUCACAGGCCAUGGCCACCAGUGGAAUUCCUUUGUGUGCUGUGAUCAGAGCUUUAGGUCCAUUUUUGUUUGGACCGACAUGUUAGAGAUAUAUCUGAUCAAACAGAAAAUUACAUAAGUUACAAUUACGUAAGAUGCGUUUAUCAUAUCGGGUCCCACUCUUUUUCUAUUACUGUAAUGCCUUUAUAGGACAAACGACCUGUUAAAAUGUCCAUCUCCCACAUUUCAAGAACUUCCACCAUAUUUCAUGAUCAGGUGUCUCAUGAUUUUUCCAAAAUUGGGCUAAUAUAGUUCUGGCGGCGGUUACUAAAUGUAGUAAGAUUCUUCCAUGCUUGAUCUUGAUUUGUGUUGAAAGUUUAUCUAGCAUGUUUAACAAAUGCAUUUCCGGACACAUUUUGAAAUUAAUCUCCAACGUCUGCUCAAUUUCUCUAUGUAUGGUUUUCCCGUGAAGUUUUAGUUUUGGACAUUUCCACCAUACGUGGAUCCAAGUUCUGGGUGCAUUAUCACACUUCCAACAAGUUCCUGGGUCUGUUUUGUACAUGUUUGCUAGUUUAUUAGGGGUCAAAUGCCACCUAUGUUCCAUCUUCCAAAAACAUUUCCGAAGACUUUGGGACUUUGUGAAUUUCUUUGUUUUUUUCACGGGCUGAUUUCAAAUUGUCCAUAUCUAUCAUGUGCCCUAAAUCAGAUGCCCAUUUUAUCAUUGUAUCUGUGACAGGUUCUUUCUCCUGUUCCAAAUUUCUAAGAAAUUUGUAUAGUUUUGCUAUCUCUUUCUUGGCUGUAUCUAAUAAAAUGUUUGCAAAUUCUGAA